AUGAACGGCUACGGGUCCCCCUACCUGUACAUGGGGGCUCCGGUGUCUCAGCCCCGGGCCCCGCUGCAGAGGACCCCCAAGUGCGCGCGGUGCCGGAACCACGGCGUGCUCUCGUGGCUCAAAGGUCACAAGCGCUACUGCCGCUUCAAGGACUGCACCUGCGAGAAAUGCAUCCUCAUCAUCGAGCGGCAGCGCGUCAUGGCGGCGCAGGUGGCGCUCCGCAGGCAGCAGGCCAACGAGAGCCUGGAGAGCCUCAUCCCGGAGUCGCUCAGGGUGCUGCCCGGCAUUGGCUUACCCGGAGCCGGCGAGGGGACCCAGGGAGCCCCGCCGAGGACGGAGGAGCUGGAGCUGAGGUGGAGCAGCACGGAGCCGCUGCAGGCCGGACCUGAGAUGUGUUUCAUGCACCGACUUGUUCUUGGUGUUGCAGAAGCAGCAGAGGACGGUCCUGAUGAGGGGUCCGGGGCUGAGAACGGGGGCAGCUCCAGUGAGAAGGAGCAGGACCCGGUGAGCUCUCCUGAAGGCUCCAAGCCCAACUCCUGCUACACCCCGGAGCCCCCGGAGACCCCCUCCCACCCGGAGGAGGCCCGCUACAGCCUCCCUAAAGCCGGCAGCGCCGAGAAGGAGGCCAAGGCCGAGAGUCCCCAGAAGUACCCGGGCAGCCCCGGGGAGCAGAGCGUCCUCAUAGAGGGUCUGUCCGGGUCCAUCAACCUGCCCUUCAGCCUCAAGGCCAACCGGCCCCCGCUGGAGGUCCUCAAGAAGAUCUUCCCCGCCCACAAGCCCCCCGUCCUGGAGCUGAUCCUCCGGGGCUGCGGGGGGGACCUGGUGGGGGCCAUCGAGGUGCUGCUGUCCAGCCGGAGCCCUGACGCGCACCCGCACUCAGACCCGCACCCGGACGCGCUGCUGCUCCCCUCUAACGGACACCUGUUCGAGCACACGCUGGGCUCCUACCACCCGGUCUCCUCCUCCGCCAAGUGGUCCGUGGGCUCCGCUUUCCGGGUCCCCGAGUCGCUCCGCUUCACAUCCGAGUCCGCUUCGGGCGUGGUGUCCACCGGGCCCCUGGGGGUCCCCCUGCAGCACCCGUCCUUCCCGCAGCCCACGCGCUACCCGCUCAUGCUGCGCAACUCCCUGACGCGCAGCCAGGCCAGCCCCUUCGUGCACAACGACGUGACUCUGUGGAAUACCAUGGCCCUGCAGCAGCAGUACCAGCUCCGCUCCGCGGCCCAGUACGUGUCCCCCUUCUCCCCCGCGGCCCCCACCGGGCCCGGCGGCUCCGUGUUCCGCAGCUCCCCCAUCCUGCCCUCCAGACCCCCCGAGGAGCCGCGCAUCAGCAUCCAGGAGGAGAGCUGCACGCUGGGGCCCAAACCGGGCCUCUACUCCCCGGAGGAGGAGUACGAAGAGCGCUCCGACUCCGCAGACUCCCGCAUCCUCAACUCCUCCACCUGAGACGGAGCUGCUGGGACUAAACAGCAGGGGACACCAAAAAUGUAUUAUUGUGAAUGGACAUCCGGUGUGUGUGCGUGUGUGUGCGUGUGCGCGUGCGUGUAUAAAGGGUCCUUUUCUGUCUGAACUGAACUGUGUCGAGCAAUCACCCUUUGAUAAAGCUGAUGUUAAUCCUCUUGACGUCACACUCUCGUGCUUCCCAGAUGGACAUCGACCAAAAACGGAUGAUUGUAAAAAAAAAACGGAUUCGCAUUGUUUUGAAAAUCUGUCAUCUACUUCCUGCAAAGCAUGUUUAGUACUGUGAAAAAGUUUCGAUGUUAAGGAUCAUCAAUGCAUGUGAAGAGUAUGCCAAAUAAACCUGACCUUUCCAAA